AAAGGGUACGCUUUCUGCCUUGAAUUUGUUGGCGUUUAUGUAGGAUUAAUUGGUCAUGGUUUGGUUCAUGGUGUGAGAAUCUUUUGGUGUUUUCAGGUUUGGGUUUUUGAAGUUUUGGGGGUUUGAUUGCUGGGAAUGAUUUUGUGGUUCAAAAGAUUGAAUAUUAUUUUUGUUUUGGGGAGAAAGUUCAGGGGUUAUUGAGAUGGAGAAUUCGAAUUUAUCGAGGAAUAGACAUGGGGAGCAUCUGGGUGUCAACAAAAUGGGGAAGAACAUCAAGAAGAGUCCGUUGCAUCAACCCAAUUUCGCAAACGCAAAGCCACAGCCACAGCCACAGCCUCAGGUUUACAACAUAAGCAAGAACGAUUUCCGGAGCAUCGUUCAAAAGUUGACUGGUUCUCCCUCCCAAGACCCUUCACCACGACCGCCUCAGAAUCCGCCUAAACAUCCAAGUAUGCGUUUGCAGAAGAUCCGUCCACCCCCGUUGACGCCAAUCUACCGACCCCCGAUUCCUCCUCCUGCACCUGCUCCUUUUAACAACAGCUUUGUUAGACCUGGUCCGAUUGCUCAACCAUCGGUGUCCCCAGUGCCGUCCCAGACACCUGGUGACCAAGUUUGGGCCAACACAGCUGAGUCCCCAAUCUCGGCUUACAUGAGAUACCUUCAGAAUUCUAUCAUUGACUCAAGUCCAAGGCAAGCACAUCAGCCUCAAUUUCAAGCUCCUCCACGACAGGCCCAAGCUCAAGCUCAGCCCUCGUCCUCGGGUUUACUUCCGACACCGCCACAGCCGACUUUCCCAUAUCCGGGAGCUCAUGGUUUCCCUUUUCCACGAGGGAAUGCUGCUGCGCUUUUGCCUUCUCCUACUUCUCAGUUCCUCUUGCCGUCCCCAAGCUUUUUUUCGAAUCUUUUGUCUCCUAGGUCCCCUCGUUCUCCUUAUCCUUUGAUCUCUCCUACUUUUCAGUACCCUCCACCUCUGACUCCCAAUUUUCCAUAUUCUAUGGCGUCACAGUCAGGGAUUUUGGGUCCUGGGCCGCAACCUCCGCCAUCUCCUGGCAUUUUAUUUCCAUCCUCCCCUUCUGGGUUUUUUCCCAUCCCAAGUCCGAGAUGGAGAAAUCAAUAAUUUCUGACAGGUACUUGUUGGGAGGAUUUUUGUUUUCCGCUUCUGCUGACUAGCUCCUUAGCUCCUUAUUCAAGGAGCUCUUGUCUGUGACAUGUAACCUAUACCAGUGUAGGGAGUCUAAAGAAAUUUCAAGCCCAUUUUUAUUUUCCUUUUUGCUCUUUUUAUCCCCAUUCUAAAUCCAGCUUCUCAAUUUGGAGCCUGUAACAACUGCAUUUUGUUCUGUUAAUCUGGACAACUAUUACUUUAGGUUAACCGAUUUUAGUAGUUAGAACCCUAUUGAAUAGUGCAGCAGCAGGAAAGGAGUUAGGAUCACAGAUGUCAAAAUUACUUUGUAUGUUACCUUGCUUAUGUAUUCUUGUAAUUCUGUGAAUUAAAAUUUGAAAAAUUUUCACUCUUUUUUAUCAGCUGAAAUUAGUUGUUGAGCUUUUGGUUUUAAUACUCAGUGUACGAUGCUUGUGCAUAUUCAAGGAUAAAUUGUCAGUUAUGCCAAUUUACUUUCAGAAUUCCAGGGGAAAGAAAAAGGGAAAAUUCAGUGAGCGUCUUUUGU